AUGGCUUCGACCAGUAAGCAAAGAUGUGGACUUCUAAGUGGUGCAGAUAUGGUGAAACAUCAUACCGAAUCCUACGAAGUACAAGCGCAGUUCAAUAGGCUGGUCUCGCUGGACGAAUUGGACGAAACGCGACGAGCAGAUCUGGAACGAAUGAAAGACCAGUUUCGUCGAUUACUGUCGCAAGAAAGAGUAAAUAAAUCGGAUGGCAACUCGGAAGGAGUGUGGGAAAAUGAUCAUCGUCGGAUACGCAUUACGAGGGUGGAAGGAAAAUGGCAAGCGUUCGGAUAUGAAGAUUCCACUGGCAAAUAUGUGGAAAAUCACGAAGCUUUAUUUCUCAUGGAAAUGAAUCGAUUGUUAGUUAGAUGGAACGGCAUGGUAAUGUCAAUCGAGCAAGGAUACAGCUUGUUGCUUGGUCAUUCCGGAACACUCACACUUGAAGAGUACCAAGUCUACUCAAUUCUAGUGCGGGCCAGCUAUUACGUUCUCCGGUAUGACCCAUCGCGAAAGUAUUGCACUGUUGAACCAGAUCUGCCCAACGCCGAAGAACGGUGUGUGUGGAGCUAUCUAUACGCAACGCUGAAUCAACCAAACCCUCGAGCAACUGUCUAUCCCAAAGAGGACUCGAAACUGUACGAGUCGGUAAGGAGAUCAAUGCAAAAAUAUUGUAAUAUUAUCAGAAAACCAUCGUCUUCCAAACAAGUGCCAAGCGAUUCAAAAGAUGAAGAGAGUGCGAUGGCGUCUUCCGGUGAACCAGUCUUUAAGAAACAAAAACCAGAAACCGUAACAUUAAACAGCGAAAACGACGGAUUUAAACGAAUUGAACAAUUUCGACGGAUGUUCGAUCGAUUUGAUAUUGUGCAGAGUUUAAUCGAAGAGGACCAUUCUUCAGACAUUGUUGAGUCGGUACGAGAGAGCAAUUUACAGCUCUCCUUCGACCUGUUUGCAACAGAAUCUCAAACAUUCAAAAAGUCACUUCCUCCUGUGCCGAUAGCGCGUAUUAUUGUGCGAAGAUCAUCCCAACCAUUGCCUCAUGUCUCAGAGCUGUUAACAUUGUAUCGACAGCAGAAAACUUCAGUUCCAUUGAUGCUGAUGCUCGUUUCAGAAAAUUUAUCCGUGCACUGUUUUCUGUACGAUAUUAGACGUGUUACGCGGAACGCUAUUGCGCUCUCAGGUGAUACAAAAUGA